GAUAAUAGUACUACCUCGGGUGUUUAUGUCACUGAUGAAAUGCAUUUUGAUAUGAUCCUCGGGCAGCCUUCUCCUUCAAGUGUUAACUCUUCAGCCACUGUCUCUUUUGGGUGUGGUACUCAUCUUGGUGGAGGUUUGAUUGAGACACCAACAUUGUUUGAUGGAACCUUUGGGUUUGGCCCUGGCCCUCUGUCUGUUGUGUCUCAAUUGUCAACACGUGAAAUAAUAACGAAUGCUUUUUCUCAUUGCUUGAAAGGAGAUGGCAAUGGGGGAGGCAUUCUAGCUCUUGGUGCAGUUGUGGAGCCAAGUAUUGUCUAUAGUCCACUUGCUCCAUCAAAGUGUCAUUAUUACAUAAAUCUUGAGAGCAUUGCUGUCAAUGGACAGCUCCUCUCAAUUGAUCCAGUUGCAUUUUUACCAGCCAAAUAUGGAGACAGGGGAACUACUAUUGACAGUGGUACAACACUGGCGUAUCUUUUUUCGGAAGUCUAUAAUCCUCUGAUAACUUCUAUGGUGCCACAAUUUAGCCAUCCCUUUGUUUUAGCAGGAAACCCGUGUUGUCUUGUCUCAACCAGUGUAGAUAAGUUUCCUUUAGUCAGCUUUAACUUUGCGGGUGGAGCAUCCAUGGAUGUAAAACCAGCACAAUAUCUUGUGCAGAGUGAUUUCAGGAAUGCUGGGUUGUGGUGCAUAGGUUUCCAGAAAGUGGAAAGCGGACACCAAAUAUUAGGAGAUCUUGUCUUAAAAGAUAAGAUCGUUGUCUACGAUUUGGCUAAUUAGCAAAUAGGAUGGACGAAUUAUAAUUGUUCUAUGCCUGUAAAUGUAAAUGUGACCCUGGGCAAAGACAAGAACAAUAAUCCUAGAUCAAAGCUAUCGAGUUCCAUCAUCAGUUCAGAGUUAGGGAUUUUGUCAAAGUUAUUACCUGUAAUUAUUGUGGCUCUUUUUAUGCACACAAUAUAAUGUUCAUGGUAACAUUUUUGUAAUUUAAUUUCAAUGUUCAAUCUAUGUAAUAUUCAUAUCUUUAAAAUCUACAAGUAACAUGUGUGACUUCAAUUGUGAUGUUGUAUAUAUGGUUGUUGUUUUCUAUUAAGUUAAGGAUACUCUUCAUUA